AUGGCAGAAGACGCCAACAGUCUCGCCAGCCACAGUGGGACAGAGGACAGGCCCUGCACCAAGGUGGAGUACGCUAAAGGCAAGCAGCGGUGCCGACAGGAGGCCGAGUACCUCAGAUACGAAGAGGUCCUGCGGCUGGACGACCAGCCCACAGACUCUGAUGGGUCAGUGGUCUUGAGGCCUGGCAACAAGUAUGAGUACUUCUUUGGAUUUGAGCUCCCCCAGCAAGGGCAGCUGGUGUCAACAUACAAGGGGAAGUUUGGCUAUGUUCAUUACUAUGUGAAGGCCCUGAUGGAGAGGCCACAUCAGCCCACCCUCGAGUGCAAGAAACCCUUUGAGGUGGAGGAGCCUUUGGAUGUCAAUACCCCAGACCUGUUGUCUCCCACAGGUGGCAUGAAGGAGAAGAAGGUCACCUGCAUGUUCAUUCCUGAUGGCCAGGUGUCCUUGAAUGUAAAAAUUGAUCGCCGUGGCUUCUGUGAAGGCGAAGAUAUCUGCAUCAAUGCCAAGUUUGAGAAUACCUGCUCCCGAAUUGUGGUGCCCAAGGCUGCCAUCAUCGCCAAACACACCUACCAGGCCAACGGGCGCACCAAGGUCUUCCGUCAGAAGCUGUCCUCAGUGCGUGGAAACCACAUCAUCUCCGGCAUGUGUGAUGCCUGGCAGGGAAAAACCAUCAGGGUGCCAAAGAUUAAACCAUCUAUGCUGGGGUGCAACAUCAUCCGCGUGGAAAGAAAGAGAAAAAAGAAGUGCCCGCUGCCCCGGUACCCCAAUUUGAUGCCCCCUAUUCUAGCACUUCUACCCCAAGAAACUAACCCAAAUUAA